AUGGUUGACCAGACGGUCAACUCGAUUGAUAAAUUUCAAAAUAACCCGCAUUGGAAUAACCACUACUACGCCUUCUAUCUUGGACCGGCGCUAGUCAUUUCCAUUAAUAUGGAAGUUUAUGUAGACACUUACAAUUAUUUGUUUAAAAAUACCACACUACAGCAUGACCAAGAAACUUGGCUAAUCGACCGACUAAGGGAAGCUAACAAACCGGAAGCGCGGAAAAAACACCCGUGGAUCAUUGUCUUUGGCCACCAGCCACUGUACUGCUCCAGCUCAAGACAGGACGGCUCCUGUACGACUGAUGCUGAACAAACUCGCGACGGUUUGGAGGACAUCUUCUACCGGUGGGGCGUGGACAUCGUCAUUGGAGCGCACAUCCACAACUACGAACGCGAGUAUCCAAUGUACAAGGGGAAGCGGGCCGUACAGUCGUACGAGGAUCCCUAUCGCAAUCCAAAAGGCCCAGUGUACAUUGUCUCCGGGGCAGGGGGAUGCCCUGAGAAGAUUGACGUCCAGUUCUUCCCUCGACCUGACUGGAACGCCUUUGCCGACUCUCAGUUUGGCUACGGCAUUCUGGAGAUUGUUAACCGAACAACGGUGGUCUACCAGCAGAAGGCAAUCAUCUACGACUGUACUUGUGACUACCCACUGCAAGUCAUCGAUCAGGUGGAAAUCGUACAAGAGCAUCAUGGCCCAUUUGCCAAGUUUGAGUAA